AUGUCUGAUCAUGAAAAUCAUCCAGAUAAAUACAGCGAAAUGAGAAAUAUCUGUAAAGAUUGCAUUGAUCUAUAUAUUUUGUUGUAUCAACUCAAAGUGAAAAAUGAAGAAGAAUUAAACUUGAUUUUCGAAAAGAUCAAAACAGUUCUGAUUGAUUCAAAGAAACUUCAUCCCAAAAAUAUUAUCGAAGACAUUUUAAAUAUUGUUCCUUAUAACAACCGCUACACAUGGUCAUAUUUGAAACUUGCGAAAUUGAUAUCUGAUGAAUAUCAUGUAAAAAAGGUCGGAAAGAUUGCAUACAUAUCUAAUUUCCUAUUUUAUAAAGAAUAUGGAAUUAAAUUAUACAAAGCUGAUUUAAUUGGAGAAAGAAAAUUAGAAAAUAUAGAUAUUCUUGAAGAAAAUACAAUUUACAGAGCAAUCAUGAACAAUGACUUAGAAAGAUUCAUCUUUUUUACGGAAAGAGAAGAAUUUAAUGAAAAUCAACACCUUUAUAGCAAAUUAUAUCCAUAUUUUUUUGAAGUACCUUUACUUGAAUUGUGCUGUUAUUACGGUGCUGUUGAUUGUUUCAAGUUUUUAAGAACAAAAUUCAGCUCAGAAAUAACUCAACAUUGCCUAGAAUCAUCAUUUUUAGGCGGAAAUCAAGAAAUCAUGAGUGAAUGUUUGAAAUAUAAAAAUCCAGAUAAUGAAUGUAUGAGAUAUGCAAUUAUUUCACACAACAUUGAUUUUGUUACAUUCUUGAUGAAUGAAUACAAUUUAGAGAUUGAUUUAGAUUAUUGUGAAAAAUAUAAAAAUCUAGAAUCAUUUUUAGUUUAUUUCGAUCAAACUAACGAUAUUUACCGAUGCCCUUUUUAUUCAAUGAUGUUUAAUAUCCCACCCCUUUGCGAAUAUUUCCUUUCACAUGAUGCAAAUAUCAAUGAAGAUUAUAGAGAUGGAAAAACACUUCUUCAUUAUGCCACGGACAAAAAUUUUAUAGAAAUAGUCAGACUACUUCUUUCGCAUGGUGCAAAUAUCAACGAAAAAGAUGAAAAUAAAAAAACUGUUCUUCAUUAUGCAACAUUAAAUAAUAAUAAAGAAUUUGCCGAACUUCUUCUUUCAAAUGGUGCAGAUAUAAAUGAAAAAGAUAAAUAUAAAAACAGCUCUACAUCAUGCAGCAGAAUUUAG